AUGGUAUUUAAUUUUAAUUUCCACGUGGCGCGGCGUCUACUGCUCCUCCAACGGUCGAGUCGUCGCCUUCUCUCUCCUCCCUUCCUCAAUCUCCGAGGAACGAUUGGCUCACUGUCAUCGCUUGCGCGCCUUUGCCUCCUUGACCUCCACGAUAGUCGUUUAAACGGCAGCACUGCGCCGGUCUCCAACUACACCCGCCUCAGGAUCCUUUACCUCUCUCACAACGACGUCUCCGGCGAGUUUCCGUCAGGAAUUGCUUCUCUUAAGCAUCUACUGAGGCUUGACCUUUCUGACAACAACAUCCACGGUCCCAUUCCCAACCAACUCUCUUCCUCAGCUCACCUUCUCACGCUUCGUCUACAGAACAAUGUGCUCUCUGGGCAAGUUUCGGAUCUCUCUGUUCCGCUCGUUAAUCUCACAGACGUCAAUUUCACCAACAACGAGCUCUACGGAAGCUUACCCGAUGGGAUGUUGAAGAAAUUCGGCGACAGAACCUUCUCUGGGAACGAAGCUUUGUGUGGCUCAGCCCCAUUCCCAAUUUGUUCCUUCACAGACAGCCCUUCUUCUGCAUCACCAUUGGACGCAACCUCCUAG